UACCACAACUACUACAACCACACCCACAACCACAGAAUCAACGACAGUAACUCAGUCUCCAACUACAUCAUUACCAUCUACAACCGCUCCAACAUCAUCUGAAACACCAACUCCAACUCCUCCUUGUAAAUAUUGUUGUGAUCAUCAGGAAAAUGAGAUGUUUUAUUUUUGCAACUGCACCAUGGCCAGAUGUAUUGGACAAAAUCAAAUUGAAAUAGUGCCAUAUGAAUGUCCAACUAUAAAGCCCAUAACUUGUGCCAAUGGGAAAGAUCCUGUUCUUGUAUAUGAUUAUUAUCAUUGCUGCCAACAAUAUGAAUGUGACUGUGAGUGCGAAGGCUGGGGAGAUCCUCACUACAUUACCUUUGAUGGCAAAUACUACAGUUACCAAGGAAACUGUACCUAUUAUCUGAUGAAAGAAAUUAGACCAACGCAUAACUUAGAAAUUUUAAUUGAAAAUGUUCAUUGUGACCCUACUGAAGAUGUUUCCUGUCCUCGAGCUUUAAUUGUAAAUUAUGGAGCACAAAGUAUCAAACUGAUCAACUUUAAUCUUGGUGGACGACCUGAUUUGAAGGCAUUUAAAAAUGAAGAUGAAGAUAAUCUAAGGCUCCCUUAUUUUAAAGAUGGUGUUAAGGUGGUGAGCACUGGCGUUAACUUGGUGUUAGAGAUCCUUCGUCUAAAUGUGGUUGUUAAAUUUGGAAGAACUGGCUUUAGUAUCAACCUUCCAUAUGAGUACUUCGGAGGAAACACACAGGGUCAUUGUGGAACUUGCUCCAACAAUCAAGAUGAUGACUGCAGAUUGCGUAACGGUACAGUAGUAGAAAAUUGCGGUGUGAUGGCCGACGACUGGCUUCUGGAGAAAGAUAAGGGAAAAACUGGCUGCCUACCUAAACGUACUCCUCCACAGAAAACAUGCAAACACAAUCCAGAUUCUGUUUGUGAACUGCUUAAGGACUCCUCAGGUGUCUUCGCUGCAUGCCAUUCCCAGAUCUCUCCAGACAAUUUCUACACAGGAUGCGUUUUUGAUGGCUGCUAUGUUCACAACCGGGCAGUGGAGUGCACAAGUUUGGAGACUUAUGCUGCUGCUUGCGCUGAGAUUGGAAUUUGUAUUGACUGGAGGAACCACACUAAAAUAUGUGCCAGCAACUGCCCACUGGGCAAAAUUUAUAGAUCUUGUGGACCUGCAGAUCAACCAAGCUGUGAGGACAAUCCUAACGAUCCAGUCGUGAACUACACUACUGAAGGCUGCUUUUGUCCUGAAGGACAGAAACUGUUCAGCAAAGAAUCAAAUAUAUGCGUUAAAAGCUGUGGGUGUCUUGAUCCGACUGGGACGUCCCGUGAGUUCAACGAGACAUUUGAAUACAAUUGUCAGACCUGUGUGUGUAAUGAGUCCACCAAAACUGUGACCUGUAAGCCUAAGACGUGCCCACCCACUGCUUUACCAAGAUGCAUGGGUCCAGGAUAUGUUCUUGUCAAUAAAACUGAUCCAUCAGAUCAAUGCUGCAAUGUCCAUGUUUGCCAAUGUCAGAGCCACGCUUGUCCGGACAUCAACAUGAACUGUGACGUUGGCUUUAUGCCAAACAUCAGUGUUCCAGAGGGAAAAUGUUGUCCAGAACGUACAUGUGAACCCAAAAGAGUCUGUGUGCUAAAUUCUGUUGAAUAUCCGCCUGGUUCUUCCGUUCCUGGCCAAAAAUGUGAGAACUGCUUCUGUUCCUCAAACUCUUCAUCUGGUGGUCUGAUGGAAAUCAAGUGUGAGAAGCAGCAGUGUGAAAAAACAUGCAGAAAGGGAUUUGAAUAUAAGAAAACCAACUCAGAUGAUUGCUGUGGGACGUGUGUGCAGACCCAGUGUGUGUUCGUUGUUAAUGGCACUGAGACACUCUUAAAGGAGGGAGAAACCUGGUCACCAACUGAAAAUAAGUGUGAAAGUAAGACUUGUGUUAAGAAUGGAGAGACUUUUACAGUCACCAACAAACACAUCAUUUGCCCAGCAUUCCAAGAGAGCAACUGCAAGAAUGACACAAUUCAGACUGCAGCAAAUGGUUGCUGCAAAAUCUGUGUGGAAAAAGAGAAGGCCUGCAGACUGUUUAACCGGACAACUCCUAUCAACCACAAUGGCUGUCAGACUGAGUUGAACAUGCCGUCAUGUGAAGGAUCAUGUGACACUUUCACCAAGUACUCUGAAGCAGCAGCUGCUAUGGAGCAUUCCUGCUCCUGCUGUAAGGAGAGACGCGCCAGCAACCGCACUGUUACCCUGGCGUGUGAAGAUGGUACGCACGUCCAGUUCACUUAUGUGCAUGUGGAGGAGUGCGGCUGUGGGCACACAGAGUGCACCACACCUGCUGCACUGCAUGUUCGCAGAAAGCGACGCUUCACACUGCAGUGACACAGUCCUCUGUCCUCACAUGUGGGAUGCAGAUGUAUCUCCAAGAAUCAUUUAAUUAAUCAUUAAAUCUCUAAUAAGGUAUUGCAUACUUUGUGGAGUUCAUUUAUCAGUUGAUUGAAUAAAAGCAAGCAUCUAA